AUGGUUGCUACUAACUAUUUUAAACUAAAAAAUAUUGGUACUAGAUUAUUAUUAUUAUUAUUUUUGUUAUAUUCAAUAAAGGGUGAUGAUAGUCUAAGUUUAGAUUUGAUAGAUGGACGAGUCUGUAUGACAGUAGAACAUUCCAGAUCAUCAAGAAAUUCAUCCUCAUAUUUUGAAUGUGUUCCAUUAUCUGAUAAUGAAAAUGAACAAUAUAGAAUAAAGGGAAAAUAUUUAGGAAUAUGGACAUUAAAAAAAUGUUCUAAAAAUUUUUAUUUUGAUGAACCACAACAAAAAUGUAUAGAAAGAAGAAAGGUACAUAGGCAACCUUCUAUGGAUGAAAAUGUUGAAUGUCAGGCUUCUAAUGCAAAUCCUAUUGAAGGUGGUGAAUGUAAUUGGUUAACAGCUACCUUACAAAGUGAUCCAUAUAGUAGAAAUCAUUUUUUACAAUGUUCUAUAACAAAUCCAGGUGAAUAUUGUGGUGAAUGGAUUCGAAUGCCAUGUGCACCAGGUACUAUUUUUGAAUUUACUCAACAAAUUUGUGUUGCUGAAGAGGUUGAUAAUAGUAAUGAAUGUGGAAAAAAUACUGGAUCACCUAUUUGUCCUUGUUCAGGAUCCAGUGGAACAUGUCCCGGUAUCAGUAUUUGUAUUUCAAGUAUUUGUUGCCAACAACAACAAAUAGAUCCAUCUAUGCAAAUGUUUCAAAAUGCUCCAUUCUUCCAACAAUCAUUAUGUAUUGGAACUGGAGCAAAACCAAUUGGACCAUGUCAAUUAAAUUCUUGUCCAAAUAAUUAUGAAUGUCAAGAUGGAAUUGGUUGUUGUCCAACAGUUCCAUUUGAAUCAACAGGUAAUUUAGUUUCAAUAAGUGUUAAAGUUUGUCCUGGUUCAAGUAUUGUUCCAAUUGGUACAUGUACCAAUGGAAAUGGUUGCCCAUCAGGUACUGUUUGUAAUGAAAAAGUUAAUGGCUGCUGUCCACAAUUAGAAGAUAAAAAAUUUACUGUAAUUAUGUUAUGUCCUAAUGGUAAACCAGCUGUUGGACCAUGUAAUUCAAAUAAUUUAUGUUCACAAGGACAAAGUUGUUUUAAAGGAGCAUGUUGUCAGUUAUCAACAUGUCCUAUAGGACAACAACCACAAGGAUUUUGUAAUUCUGGAAGUUGUAAUAAUGGUGGUACUUGUCAUCAAUCAACAUGUUGCCAAUCAGUUGAAGUAAUAAAAUUACCUAUUUGUUCAAAUGGUCAAGCAUCAACAGUUCCAUGUACAAUGUCAAAUCAAUGUGGUCCUGGUUUUGAGUGUAGUAAUGGUGGUUGUUGUCCAGUUCCAUUUUGUCCAAAUGGUAUACAAGCUAUAUCAAGAUGUAAUGGACCAUGUGGAACAGGUUUAACAUGUUUAGAAGGAUUAUGUUGUCCAUUACCAAAAUGUCCAAGUGGUGAACUUGCAAAUACUAUGUGUACACAAAAUAGAGAUUGUGGAAUUGGUUCUGAUUGUGUAAAUAAUGGAUGUUGUCCAAUGCCACAAUGUCCUAGUGGAAAUUUUGCCUCAUGUAGAUGUGGAUCACAAGUAGGAGGAAAAUCUUGUCCAUUAGGACAAGCAUGUAUUAAUGGAGGAUGUUGUAUGUUACCAUUGUGCCCUAAUGGUAUUCAAGCUGUUUCAUUAUGUACAGCAUCUUUUCAAUGUGGAAUUGGUAUGGAAUGUGUAAAUUCAGGUUGUUGUGCAUUACCUACAUGUAGUAAUGGAAAAGCUGCAUCAGAAAGAUGUCAAAUGGGUAGUUGUCCACCAAAUAAAUUAUGUGAAAAUGGUGUAUGUUGUGAUAUUCCUGUAUGUUCAACAACAGGAAUGAUUCCAGCACAAUUUUGUGGUAUUGGUAAUUCAUGUCCAUUAAAUUUUUAUUGUGAAAGACAAGGUUGUUGUCCAGAACCAUUACCAUUAUGUCCUAAUGGUGGUAGAUCAACAUCACGAUGUGAUAGAGGUAGUGAUUGUCCUCCUGGUUUUGGAUGUACAUCAUUAGGUGGUUGUUGUAGAUUAUCAGUAGAACCAAUAUGUCCAUUAAGAAUGAAUGCAAUAUGUCAAUGUUCUGCAAAUAAUGGAUGUCCUCAAGGUAGUACAUGUAAUCAAGGAACAUGUUGUACACAAGUUUCUGCUACAUUUAAUCAAGUUCCUGGUACAUCAUGUCAAAUGAGUACACAAUGUAAUGGUUUUACAAAUUCAAAUUCACGUUGUCUUCAAAAUACAUGUAUAUGUACUAAAGGAGCCAUAUCUAAUGGUGCAUCAUGUAUACAACAACCAGCUAUUGUAGUUAAUCAAGCUAGAAAUGGAUGUGAUCAAUAUGGUAAUCCUUGUAAAUUUGUUUUAUCAACAACAAGAAGAAGACCAUUAUUUACACCAGUUGGAAAUGUAACUGAUACACCAUUAUGGUUUAAUGUUAUUGAAUUAAGAAGUUGUAUUGAUGAUCCAACAAUAACUGGUGUUGAUUUUGAUCCAGAUUCAACAUGUUUACCAAAUGAAAAAUGUAUAAAUGGAAAAUGUAGGACAAAAUUAUGGCCUGGUGAGUAUGGAUGUAAUAGUGACAUGGAGUGUCAGGCUAGAUGUCCUAAUACAUAUUGUGAACAAAAAACAGAUAAAAAUGUUCCACAAUGUCUUUGUAAAAAUGGAUUUUUAUUAUAUGGAAGAUGUGUUGAAAAUUGUCCUAGCGGUUUUCAUUCAUCUGAUAAAUAUUGUAUGCAUAAUGAUGAAGAUCAUUUUUGGAAAGAUUCUAAAUUACAAGAUAAUUUAAGAGAACUUCUUAAUAAAGGAAAUUGUUAA